AUGUCGGUGGACAAGUGGAUCUACCAGCUCCAGAAAGCCGAGAGGGCCUUCGGCCAGAUGAUCUUCUUCUUGAGCCAUUCCUUGAACUGGCAGGCGGGUUCCGAUGGUGGAUCAAGCAUCGACCAGAGGAGGAAGCUGGACCCCUUGAAGGAGGCUUGGUCUGCAGACCCUCAGCGACAGCGCUUUGUGCGGGAGUUGAAGUAUAUUGAUGCGACGGUGUCAUACUUUCACGCGCUGGCGAACACAAUGCCGGAAAUGCAAGAAAAAGAGAUAGACUUCAACAUGCGCCUCAAGGGCAAGGCCACAGGUACACAAGGAAACUUCGACAGUCCCGGGAAAGGUGCAAAGGCUACGAAGGAUGACGGUCAGCAAGUGGCAAAGCAGAAGGCCCGCGUUCUGAAGGUCUUAGUCCGGCUGUGGCUGUACUGUUUCCUGCGGAACCACUCGAACGAAAACUUCUUCUACACGCGGGGAUACAUGGAUAUCAUCGACGACAUGAAUGGGCGGGGUUUGGGAGCCUCCGACGUUUUCGUCACGCUUCUAAGUCAGAACCGGGACCUCGUCCGCAAAGUGAAGCCCGAGACUGUUACAAGGUUUCUGAAGUUCAUCCGGAUUCUUGGGCCCCUGGACACCUGGCUGCAUUUCCUGAAGGCCUUGUGCGAUCCGCAAAACGGUGGAGCUUUGAGCGACAAGCAGCAGCUGGUCCUCUCGAAGAUUGCCUUCCCAGGUUUAUUGGCUCCUCAGCAAGACAAGACCGCGGUGGAGCGCAACCGAGAGGAGCUCAUGAUCGCCCUUGCCCUCGAAGGGCCGAUUGGAAAGCCGCUGGCGCGUCUCGGCCAAGUGGAUCCCAAGGACUGCUUGGGCACCCCACUGCUCACGCACGGGAUUCACGAUGUGGCUAUCGCAUGGGCGCAUCCAGCAGCAUGGGAGGUUGGAAAGGUGCUGUACCACGGGCCCGAACAGCUGAACCUUCCGAUCCUUCGCACCAGCAGAGGUCGAAAGUGGGUCUCCUUGGCACAAGUCGUCUGGGUCCUGCAGCCCAAAGAGCUUUGUCAGGCAAGGCACGUGAAGGGCGUGAGACACGUCGCGGAACGGGCGCACAUCGCAGGCGAAAGCGGUGAGCAGGAUGCGGGCAACCCAUUCGAUGUCUCCCGGAUCGACUUGCUCCGGCUGUUGGCCCGAUAUUGCCAGGCCCAGCUGCAGCUGGUGGCAUCCUUGGCUAAGGACCGGCAGAUGAACAGCAUCAUGGCAUUGCAGGAGGAAUAUUCCUACAAAGUUUGCUUGAGUGGCGCUGCGGACACCAGAUUGCCGUCCAGUAUACGUGCGAGCUUCUUCGACCUCUUAAUGGCACUCUGGGUGGAUAGGUGGUGGUGUCCGUUCCUCAGCGUUAUGGACUCCCGUGACAGCGGUUGUCUUUUUGCACACUCGGAUUGUGGCGUGUGGUGUUCUGGCCCUGUGGAAGAGGCAGUCCUGACUUUGCCGGUCUUUCGGCUGGCCAAGGACAGCAUCAGCCGUAAUUUGCUCAAUGCUCCGUCCGUAGAUGAAGUGCCUGGAGGGCAUCCGAUCGGCAUAGACCAUGCGCUGUCCCAGAGUGCUGGUAUUAUGCGGGUCUUUGAUGCCCUACGAGUGCCUUCGCUCGAGAAGUUAGACAUUGAGAAGCCGCAAGACGAACGGGAGCUCGCUGUCCAAUCCAGGAGUUUACAAACGGAGGUGUCACGCGGCUUCUUGAGUCGUCACCGAGACAGCGAUGCGUCCCUUCUGAUGUCAGCAGAACGAGCCGAUGCUUUUCAGCAUGUCCUUGGCGCUUGCACCAACGGAACCCUUCGGCUCACUGGCAAGUACGAGGUUAAAGAAGUCGUCGUGUUUCAAGGAGAUUGCGACAUCGUCGGUGACGGCGCAGAGCUGCAACUUUACGAGCGUUUGAUCUUCAAUGGCAGCGUGCACUUCUCCGGAGUCAUCAGAGUCUCCGCUCAGCGCGCUUUGCUUGGGGCCUGCUUGAAGGUAACAGGCAACUGCACCGCAACGAAGAGUGCCGCAGUGGCCUUCCGGGGCUGCAGCAACGAAGCUGUCGUUGGAGGCAAGAGAAUCGGAAACAAGGGGGACUUCAACAGCCGCAGAGGCAGCAGCAGAGGACUGCAAUAUGUAGAACGAGGAGGUGGUCUCAACGUCUUGGGAGCCCUUCAGAUUCUCGGGAAUCUGAGCUUUCACAACUGCCACAGCUUGAACAGUGGAGGCGGCGCAGCCAACGUCAGAGGUCCAGUGCUCCAAGAGGGCGGAACCCUUGUGGUGACCGAAUGCUCAUCCGGGAAGCUUGGAGGCGGCAUCUAUGCUCAAGGAGGCUUUGCCCAGUCUGGCGGAGAUGUGCGGAUCUCGAGAGUCAGAGCAGGCAGCAAUGGAGGUGCCAUCUUGGCAAUGGGACGGUUCAGCCAGUCUGGUGGCACAAUGCUUAUCCAAGAAAGCACCAUCACGAACGGUGAAGGAGGUGGUGCCAUUGCCACUGCUCCUGCUCCUCACAAGCAGACCACCUUCGUCCAGUCUGGUGGCACGCUGCGAAUAGAGCACAGCUCAGCCCCCAAAAGUGACAAAAGAGGAGGAGGUGGAGGAGCCGUUUUCACGAACUUCUUCUACAAGUCCGGUGGCCAUAUUGCAUUCAACAACAGCUCGGCGGUGUCUAACUCCAAAGCCGACAGAAUAGGAGGUGCAAUGUUCGUCAAGGGUGGCUUCAGCAUGUCCGGCGGGUUCUUUCGCGCUGAAGACUGCUCCGCAAAGAAAUAUGGAGGUGCAGUCCAUAUUUACGGCAACAUGAGCGUCUCUGGGGGCGAACUCGUUUUCGAGAGAUGCUCCCUGAAGCAUCUCGUGAAGAAAGCCAAGAAGAAGAACAUUUACCAAGAAGAGAAGAAGCAUGGGCGGAACCAAGGAGGUGCCAUCAAUGCCGUUAACUUCAUCCAGUCGGGCGGCGCUGUGCGGAUUGCAGACUGCGCCACUGACGAAGGGAAGGGUUAUGGAGGUGGUCUUAGUGCCCAUCAGAGUCUCAUGCUGGCCGAUGGCAUUCUGGACGUCAGACAGUCUUCUUCAUCCUAUUAUGGAGGUGGCGUGUACACCAGGCACUUUACACAGCUGGGCGGCCUGUUGAAUGUGCAGCAUUGCUUUGCAGUUCAAGGAGGCGGCAUCUAUGUGAACAGUGGUCCAGCCAAUCAGAUCGCUGGGAACAUCUCCGUGCACGGUUGCCAUGCAUCGGCACAGGGCGGAGGAAUAUUAGUACACAACAGUAGCUUUAGUAGCCACGGCUACUUGGAUGUCCAGCAGUGCAUGGCAUUUGGCGACAAAGGUGGCGGUCUCUUGGUCGAUAGAUCCAGUGUCAAUUUAUCAGGGCGGGCAUCAUUUGUAGACUGCAGUGUUGACAAUGGAGAUGGCGGUGGCAUUUAUGCCCGCGGCAACAUUACCAUCACUGGGCCAGCAACAUUCAAGAAUUGCGAAGCCAAGUACAAGGGUGGCGGCUGCAUCAGUUGGGACUCCGUGGAAAUGCAGAAUGCUACGUUUGAUCACUGCAAGGCAAUCGGUGCUGGGCUUUGGGCCAAACAAAGCAUCAAGAUUGCCUCGACGACUUAUAUUGGCGAGCCUCAACUGCGUGGUGCAAACAGCUUCAUCAAGUGCGACCAGAAAGGAGCCAUGUCCUUCGAUGUCGUGUAUUGCCCUAGAGGCUCCGGACUCCGUGUCGGUGUCCGAGCCAUGGGAUGUUAUAUGUGCAACCCCGGCCGCACACGGCUUUCGAGCAGUGGCAACGAUUUCUGCGUAGACUGUCCGGAAGAAGCGACUCAAAAUUGCACGCCGACUGAACUUGCGCUGCUGCCUGGCUUUAUGGCCCAGCUCGAGGAUCCCAGGAAUCUCUCGCGGAUCUUCCGCUGCCCAAACGAGAAAGCAUGUCCAGGGGGGAUCGUCGCCGCAGCUGAGUCGUUCGGCCAACCGCCGGAGACCGUCCAAGCCAUGUGUGCGUCUGGAUUUGAGGGGUUGGGGUGUUUGCAGUGCAACGCGUCGUCCCAUGCCAGAUCCGACAACAGUGUGUUGCAGUGCAUCAAAUGCGAAGACUCCUUCAGUCAGGUGGCUGUGCAUGUGGUGUUCUAUGUCGGAAAGGACACCCUUCUGUUCACUUCAGCUGCCCUCAGUGUGCUCAACGUGGGGUCUAAGAAGACCAGCAGUGGAGUCUUGAUCAACCAGCUUAUGGCCUUCGCAGCAGUGUCAGGGAGCAUAAUGUCUGGCUUGAUGCAAACGCAAUCCUUCCGCACACUCAAACAGAGCACCCGGGAAUGGUUGAAUGGCCUGGGUUUGGCUGUGGAUAUGUUGCAGGGAACGAGCGGUUCUGCUGGCAUGUCCCUCGAAUGCAUAGCGGGUGACAUGGGCCUUGGCAAGUCACUUCUCCAUGCACACCUUCUGUCUUGCAUCACGCCGCUCAUCCUCAUCGUCUUCCUGGCCAUCAUCAAGAGGGACCCUUGGUUGGCGAUGGUGGUUGGGACCAAUGUCUUCCUGCCUGGCUUCGUGGCAUUCUUCGGGAAGUAUCUGGUAAUGCUCAGGCUGCGGCCGGAGGGCGAAGUGGGAGGAGAGAUGCGUUAUGAAUUCCUGCCACCAAUUCUGCAGUCGCCGAACGAGGUGAUUACACUUAUCAUUGUGAUCGUGUCGGCGUGCUUCUGUCUGGCCAUAUACGGAUGGGUGCAUGCUGUGCUUCGAAGGGAGGAGCCGCCCCCUGUACAUGUAGCAUAUCUGAUGCUGCCAUACAAGCCCGAGUUUGCUUUCUGGGAGGUCGAGCGGCUGGUGCGGAAGAUGCUCCUGGUGCUCGUCAGCUCGAUGCUUCCCACGGCAAUCUCUCCCGCUUUGCAGAUGGAGGGAAUCGCGCUUGUCCUACUUUGCUCAUUGGGUCUCUAUGCCUCGUUCCGGCCCUACAAGGCGGAUGCCUGGAACCUGGCUGAGAUCGCGCUGCUUCUCGUGGCCUUGGCCAUUGCAGGGUUGACGACCUGCUUGCUCGCAAACGAUCUCCACUGGGCGCACUCAGAAUCAACGCAAGUCGUAUUGAUCUACCUGAUCUGUUCGCUGGCGGCAGGCAUAUCAAUCGGAAUGGCCGUGUUGAUUGCCUUCGCCCUGCUGCAUGAACGCCGCGAGCGUAAGCAGCAGGACGGGGUGUGA